AUGAUAAUUACAACAUGGAUUGUGUACAUUCUUGCCCGGAAAGGUGCAGGGUUCCCCUUCCCACCAAAAAGCAGUUCGGACGUUGAAGUUGUAGAAAGUGAGGCUGUAUCUGUAGUACAGCACUGGCUGAAAAAGACUGAAGAAGAGGCUUCCCAGGACAUAAAGGAGAAGAUGUCGACCAACUGCCCUCCCACGCAUGGCCAAGAUGUACAUGUGACCAGAGAUGUGGUGAAGCACCAUCUCUCAAAGUCUGAUUUGUUGGCAAACCAGAGUCAAGAGGUCCUGGAGGAAAGAACGAGAAUCCAGUUCAUAAGAUGGAGCCAUACCCGUAUCUUCCAAGUGCCAAGUGAGGUGAGGGAGGAUGUUAUGCGAGACCGAAUAGAGCAGGUGAGACGAAGCCUCCCCUUUGCCGUGUUCUUCAUCUGCAGCCUACGCAAUCUUACGGAUGAAUCAUCUCAGGAGAUUCACAACAGAACUUCCUAUGCAGACUGCUGA